AUGUCAGGUGAGAUUUCGGGAGUUGGCGAGCCUCUUGGCUCCCCGAGGGAAAGCGGCUGUGCCUGGCACAUCUUGGUUCCAAGCUUGAGCUUGCAGGCAAUCCAUUUCCAUCUCCUGGAUGCUGCAUUUUCAGGCAACGAUGCACUUAUCAUCUAUGGGUCGGGCUACAUGCAUGCCUCGACAAGAGUUGCCACAUUCCAUCGUACCAACCCGCUGCCUGGGGCCAUGGCCCUAACUGGCACUUCAGAAGCUCUGCUCGUCCUCAGUGCCGUUUCCAAUGAGACGCGCGUUCGGCUUCGUUACGAGUGCGCGCCAUAUGGGACCAAACUGGGAGACACCUGGUUCUCACCGGUGGGCUAUGCCUGUGUACUUGCUGCCUUCAUAGUCUUGGGCUUCGCAAUCUCUUUGAUGCCUGUUUAUAUGGUGUGCUACUGCAAGGCUCGGCGGCAUCAGGACUUGGUUAUGCAAGAGUCGCAGUUGAUGAUCCGCUCGGAGCUCCAGGCCCGCCGGUUGCGGAGCAGCGAAGCCGCACGGGAAGAGCAGCAGGUGGUGGCGUCGUUGCAGGCGCUGCCGCUGGAAAUGUGGAAGGACCGGGGCAACGAGGAGGUCGGCAAGCGUCCAAGCUGUGACGAGUGCUGCCUCUGCUUAGAGCCCUACUCUGAGGAGGACAUGCUUCGAGUUCUUCCCUGCCAACAUUUUUUUCAUGAGGCCUGCAUCGACCGCUGGUUCUCCGCCAAUCGGUUCAUGCCGAGGUCCUGUCCACUCUGCCAGUAA